UUGCUUCCUCCUUCGUACCAAUCCACGCAUCACCGGAACAUCGCAAAGCCGAUAUAAUUAAUCACUUCUUUUCGAUUACGAGUGAAGAGGAUGCUUCCAGGCCAUCGAGGAAGUAGCUUUGUUCCUUCUUGCUUCGCAUCACUAUGAAGAUUUGCCUGCAGGAUCGUUUCUCAUAUAUUUCACAUAUUUGCAAGGACUUCUAUUCUAUCUAUUAAUUAUUUUCUUUCUCCCUUUUCUUAUAUAUUUUGAAGAACGUGCAUUUUUCCAAAUAUUUGACGAUUCUUUAUGCUGUCUGACUUAUUCACAGACGGUUUUGAUGAUGCAAGACACUCUGCUGCGAGUGCUCGUGGUAGCCGUGGGCCUCCUCACGUGUCCGAGGGACGAGCCCGGGGUUGAGGAAUGGGACGAGGUCAUCGCAGAGGGCAUCAAAAAGUACGAAGAGAGGCUGGACCACAAAAUGGAGGAAAUGACACACACUGACAAAAGAGGGCCUCGUGAUGUGAUAAGAAGCAUUCAGUGUGCUGAACAUGUUCCUAAAAAAGACACAGUGUCCGUCUUAAAAGGCGUGACGGUCAUCCAUCAAGAUUUAGAGAAGGAAGCUGUUGAUCGCCACUCUUUAGAAAAAGGACGUUUGAUAGAAGAUUCAGAUUCAAGUUGGCCUCAAAACUCCAAAAGUGAACCUGAGACUGAUCUGAAGGCUUUACGAAUCGACCGUGAGCCAAAUGGAGACGUAGAGCUCCACGAGGGAGGAGACAUCCAGACUGACGGCUCGUGCACAGACCCAAUCAGACCACAAGGGCCGCGAGAAAAGUCUGAGGAGAAGGAGGUGUUCAGCCCCGAAGAACGAGAAUCGCCUCAGUCACACCAUCACAUGACCUCAGAAGAUGAAACUUCACAGGACGUCCCUGACCGGGAAGGCGAUUACCUCUGGUACAUGUGGAACGCUCUCUCCGUCAUUUCGAUCGUCCGCUUCUUUAGGAAAUACCUCGGGAAACAAUCCGGAACCAAACGAGAAGAUACCGCGGCGGCCUUCCCGGUGACCUGCACCACGGCUGAAGUGCCGCUACCAGACAACGACACUCUGCGGCGAUUUCAUUCUAAAUGUGUAGACGUCUCAUCCGAUAAGAAGUGGAAGGAGUUCUUGGAGGGGUUCACGAAGGAUCUGUUCGCAGCCAUGAGGACCGUCUGUGAUAGCAAUGGAGGUAUGGUAAUCGAGGACUUUCAGAUAGUGGAUGUGUGCGAUAUCAUCGUCCCGUUUACCCCACCUUAUCCAUAUAGCUUCCAGUGUCAGCUGUGGAACGGUCCGGCGAGUGACCUGCUGCCAGAUAUGCAAGUCUGCGGUCAAAUCAAACUGGUGGAAAAUGAGAAAAUCCAAAAUGGCUGCCACUGCCAGUCUCGUAAUUCGGACGACAUGGUGUGUUUGCUGCAUAGCGAGACUGAGAGCGUCGAGAAGAAAACGACCGAUGUCCGCGACGUCCUUCUUUGCACCAGGAACUCCCCCUUCCUUUCAAAAUCGAUGGUGACCAAAUGGUUUCAGAGCACGGUCAAACAAGCGUGGGAACAGAUUUCGCACAAGUACGAGUUUGAGCUCAACAUUCGCUACGUUAGCGCCCCGGGUGCUCUGACGGUUCGAUUCCGAUCGGGGAAGAAGAUUAGCUUCAGUGUGAAUCCCGUGGUUAAAGGCAACACUGAGGCCCUUUAUUUCUUCAUUAAUCAUUGCUCCCCAAACAACCUGGAUACCUCCUGGACACUCUCCAUGACCUACUAUGAAGAUAGUUUGUUGGAGCGCAUCGCUAACCGUCUGCCUGUAAACUCGUGCCACAGACAAACUCUUGAAAUUGUACUUUUCCUUCACAAGAGACAGACGGCGUUGUCGGGAAGCAGCGCUCUCAAGGAUUUUCACUUCAAAGCUGCACUAAUGCAUCUGCUUCUGACCAAAGAUCCAUCGCAUUGGAAACCACACCUCGUGGCGAGCAGGCUACGAGACUUACUGGCCUUCGUGGAGAGAAGCCUCAAGAAAAGAUUACUGCACCAUGUUCUUAUUGGGAACCCUUUAAGACAGAGUGUUAUUGAACUUCCUGCUGAAUAUACUUGUGCAAAGACCGUGAAUCUCUUCCAUCCCCUUGUGGUCCACAACUGUAUGUACAAAAAUGCUGUGAUGCAUUUCCAGGAAAUGCUAAGAAACGCACACAUGCUGAUACAUGAUUAUCUAGAUUAACAGCUCCAUUCGUUCAAAUCAGUACAGCCUUAAGUGUUAAUGUUUAAUUAUAUUUUGUUAUCUCGUCACUGGUAGGAACAAAGUGAAUAAUGCCUUUACUUGUGAAUAUUUGCAGUAGAAACUUCAGAAUAAAUAAAAAAAGGAAUGUA